GCUGCAUCUACAAUUAUUGAAUUUUUGUUGGCUAUCUCACCAGGUAAUAGAGAAGUACAGGAACUUCAAGCAGCAUAUUUGUUUUUGAUAGGAAGCUUUGGGGACAGUGCAGAAGUGUUCUCUACUCUCUUGCAUCAAAGACAUUUUCAGAAAAUGUCAGAGACUAGUACAAACAAAUCAUUCCAAGACACGCCUGAGAGGAGAGCUCGGCUCUUAACCAGUCGAGCAGCUGCUUGCUUCUCAGCAGGCGGACGGAUGGCUGAGGCAUGCGGUGACCUGGGGGAGGCAUUUGAGAUCCACCCUGCCACUGCCCGUAUUUAUUUCCAAAAGCUCUUCACAGAUCGUGGUAUUGGGGUGGCUGCUCAAAAGCACCUUCGGCAGCAGGCAGAGAGGGGCCUGUCUGGUUUCAAAGAGAGGGUACUCAUCCGUCCAGACCUGCGCUCCACUGAAGGAGUUGAACUCCUCGACCCUGUGAUCACUCAGUUACGAACUCUGUGCCAUUUAGAGCCUGACGGGGGAGGCCGAGAGCUGCGGGUACGACUGGCUGACUGCCUACUUCUCAGAGGGGAGCAGAAAGAGGCUCUCUCUAUCUGUAGCCAGCUAGCUGCCGCCCAAGGUCAGCAGAGCUAUCAAAACACAGUGCAAGUUCUUCGUGGAUAUGCGCGGCUUCUCUCUGAUGACCACAAGGGGGCGCUAGAAGACUUCCAAGCUGUGAUCGAACAUCACGCCCCACAUCCAUCCAGCUGUGUGCGGGCCCUUUGUGGCAGGGGGCUCCUGCGCAUGAUGGGUGACUUAAACUACCUCGCAGCUUUAGACUAUGUGACAGCCAGCAGGCUGCAGCCUCAGGAAACUGCGCUGACUGUUCGCUGCUUGGUGCCAUGGAACUACAGAGGGCUGCUGUUUACUGUUCUACUGGAACAAGGGCGAGCCAUGCUGGAAGGGAAUGGGGCGCAUGACUCCAAGUCCACAUUCAUUGAGAACUCCAAGCGGCACCAGCAGGACAACCAGCUGCAGGCCUCAUCAAAAAGAGACAACCACAGAUCAGAGACUCCUGCUGGUGUUCACUCCCUGGCUGUGCUGUUGAUGGAUCUCCAGCCAGGUGCUGAUGGGCCACAGAUCCUGGUGGCCGAUGCCUUGUACCAGCUUGGCCGGGUGGAGGAGGCUUACCGCUUGUUACUUUCCAUUGGGCCCACCAGUCCACGGGCACCCAUCCUGGUGCGCCUUGCCCUGCUGCAGCUGCACAGAGGCUUUCAUUAUGACACCAAUCAGCUGCUGAAAAAACUGAUCCAAUGUGGUAACACCAGCUGCUUGCGCCCCCUGUUGGCAGUGGCACAACAGAAGGACCGGGCACUACUGCAAGGACACUGUCACUGUGCUGCAAAACGCAUCUUGGAGGGCACGAGAGAAGAAAGCUCUGUCCGGGAGGCUGUGGCUUAUCUCUCCAUUGCUAUCAUGGCCUCUGGUGGUGAUGCAGCAGACUCUUUGCUGGAGAGAGCGAGGUGUUAUGCCCUGCUGGGCCAACGCAAGACGGCAAUCUUUGAUUUCAGUACUAUUCUGAAGGAGCAUCCAAAACAUGUUCAGGCCCUCUGUGGAAGAGGCUUCACCUAUCUUAUGCUGAAUCAACAGAAGGAAUGCACUCAUGAUAUCCUGGCAGCACUUCAGAUAAACACUAACAUAGUCACCAAAGACAUUCUGUCACUCAAGGACAAGGCACGGAGGCUGGUCUGUGAUUGGCUGCAUCAGUUCUGUCGAACCAAUCUGUCAGACAUCCUGGUCAAUCAUGCUGUCCCCUGUCAUGAAGAGCUGCUCAGGGAGGCUUUUAUAAUCAGUGGAGCUCUUAUGAGGACUGACUGCAGAAACCCCAGAUGGCAUCUCCUCUAUGUGGACAUCCUCUUAGCCAAAGGUGACAUUAAGGCAGCAGGUGCUCAUCUGUGCCAGGUGUUUGGCCAAGAACCAAGAGAUGCAGAGGCCCAGGCCAGGGUGGGUGUGGUGGAGGCCUGGCAGCAGAACUACCGCAGUGCAGCUCGUAGGCUCAGCAAAGUGAGUGAGAAGAAUCCCUCCAGUCUGCACUUCAUGUUGGCCUUGAUUCCAUUCAAUCAGCAAAAACUCAUGGCACAGGCAGCAGCACAGGAGGCCAGCAGCGUGUCAUCAGAUGGGAAGUGGGAUCAGGCUCUUACUCUGUUGACUGUGUCUGUACAAGCAGUGGGCAAUCAUAGACUCCAGUAUCUUCGCCAGCGGGCUGCCUGCCUUGCUCAGCUGGGCUUACAUGAGCGGGCCAUAGCUGACCUGGGCCAAGUUAUCCAGAAACAUGAGGCAUCAAGCGCCAGUUGUUCAGUUGACCUGCAAGUCUGGGCGGAGGACCUGUGUCGGCGAGGUCACAGCCUGGUGCUCUGCUCCAGGGAAGGUGCGGCCCUGGAGGACUAUGCUCAGGCCCUGGAGCUCCACAGGGACCAUGCUGUCCAGUGUGUGGAAGCUGGUCUGGGGAGGCUGCGCCUGGCUGAAUGCUUCCUCCGGGGGGCGCUGCAGCACUAUGGGGAGCAGGAGCUCAGUAAAGCUUGGACAUUGAUUGAAUGCGGACUCAUUGUGGACAGUGAUAAUGCAGAGCUCCGCAGACUGAGGGCAAGGGUCAAACGAGAAGUGGCCAGUCCCUGCAAUGUCAACUAGUCAGAGAUUCAAAUAGGACACAGGACCUCCAGCUGAGCUUAUGAAAUAUAGCCAUGUCAGUGCCUUUACUUUCAGAUGUUGUUUUGUGAAGGAACAUCUAACUAAAAUUUUAUACACCAAUUAGCCAAAACAUUAAAACCACUUGUCUAAUAUUGUGUAGGUCUCACCGAACAGCUCUGGACUGUCGAAGCAUACAAGGCAUCUUCUGGUAUCUGACACAAGAUGUUAGCAGCAGAUCCUUUAAUUCCCCAGACUAGUCAGUCUGGAACUUUUUGAUUGAAACAUCCAUCCUGAUGAGGGUCAUGUGGAGUCAAUCCCAGCUGGGUGAGAAGCAGGGUACACCCUGGACAGGUCACCAGUCUAUCACAGGGCUGGCAUGGAGACAAACAGCCAGACACACCUACACAGGCGAUUUAGAGUCACUGAUCAACCUAAGCUGUGUUUCUUUGGACUGUGGGAGGAAGCCGGAGUACUGGGAGAGCUCCUGGGACUCGAACCUGGAGCCUUCUUGCUGUGAGACAGCAAUGCCAAUCACUGUGUCACCAUGCCGGUCAAUUGAAGCAUCCAUAAUUGAAGUAUUGUGAAAACGAAUUCAAAGAAUGAUGGUCUCAGUAAUGAUAUGGCAUAAAGGAAAUCAGCCAACAUGAACUUACAUAGCACUGUUUAAUUCAAAUUAUCACACCUAUAUAAGAGAUUUAGGAAAGUGCCGAUGUGCAGGUUUUAUGUUUUUAAAAUGGAAGCGGCAGUUUUCUUUAAUCACAUCCAUGAUACAAUUUAGUAUGGAUAAAUACAGCAAA